UUUGAUAAAGAAAGAGAGAAGUUUCCAGCGUUGCCUCGAUCUCAUGACAGUGAUACAAUUUUGUGUUACUGUCAUGAAAUCUUCCUGAGAUGGAAAAAACUCGAUUCCUUCACCGUUAAUCCCAAUUCACAGAGCUAGAAAUUUCAAUUAACCACAGAGGAAAACGAGUCGAAUCGAUCCGCUUUUUCAAUUCCUUCUUGUUUCUGUCUUGUAAUGGCGGAAGAUUUCGCCAAAGCCGUCGACGAUGGCCUCCGGCUAUCCAAAAGACUGUACUUCGGUAGAGACCGCGCCGUUGCGCCUCCGCGAUCGCUCCCCACGAUGGAUAGGAUGGGCCGUUCAUUGCUUCCUACGGCUCCCAUGGUUUAUGCUGUAAUUGAUAAUCCUGCCAUCGUCGAUAAUCCCGAUGUUCCGAGCUAUCAGCCCCACGUCCAUGGCCGCUGCGACCCACCGGCGCUGAUUCCGCUUCAGAUGAACGGGAUUGAGCUCGAGGUUGAUUGCUAUUUGGAUACAGCGAUUAUUCGGAUCACUGGAUCUUGGAGGGUUCACUGCGUUAUGGGUAGUCGGAGCUGUGAUUGCCGGAUUGCGAUUCCAAUGGGGGAACAGGGUUCAGUUCUAGGUUGUGAGGUGGAUGCUCCUAGAAAAUCAUAUCGCACUUCACUUAUUACACUUGAAGACAUACCUAAAAAUGUCGCAGAAAAGCCAGAACGAGUAGAGGGAGGUAUCUUGACUUCUAAUAUUUAUACCCUUACAAUACCACAGAUUGAUGGGGGCACCACUUUGUCUAUUACCAUGAGGUGGUCUCAGAAACUAUCAUACAGAGAAGGUAAUCUCACAUUGGAUGUUCCAUUUACUUUUCCUGAGUAUGUCAUCCCUGCGGGAAAGAAGAUGUCGAAGAAGGAGAAGAUAGCGUUAAAUGUGAAUGUCGGUUCGGCAGCUGAGGUUUUGUGUAGGACGACGAGUCAUCCUUUAAAGGAAUCGAUGAGAAAACCCGGGAAACUGAGCUUUAUAUACGAAUCUGAGGUUCUUGCAUGGUCGAAAGAAGAUUUUAGCUUCAUGUAUAGUGUUUGUUCGAGUCAGAUAUCUGGUGGGAUUCUCCUACAAUCUCCUCCUAUGGAUGAUGUUGAUCAAAGAGAUAUGUUCUGUAUGUACUUGUAUCCAGGAAAGGAACAUGGGAAGGUGUUCAAGAAGAAGAUAGUAUUUGUUGUUGAUAUAAGUGGGAGUAUGCAAGGCAAGGCACUUAAUGAUGUGAAAAAUGUGCUAUCCACAGCCUUAAGUAAGCUUCAUCCAGAAGAUAUGUUUAACAUUAUUGCUUUCAACGACGAAGUUCGUCGAUUCUCAGCGUCGAUGGAGAUGGCCACCGAGGAUGCUGUGGAAAGGGCGUCUCAGUGGAUAAAUAUGAACUUUAUAGCAGGGGGCGGCACUGAUAUCCUACUUCCAUUAACAAUGGCCACCGAGAUGCUUAAUGAUGGGGGUAGUGAUGGUUCAGUUCCUAUCAUCUUUCUUGUUACUGAUGGGGCUGUUGAAAAUGAGAGACAUAUUUGUGAUGUGAUGAGAAAAAUUCUAACUGGAAGGCAAACCGUUCAUCCACGUAUAUAUACUUUCGGUAUAGGUAUAUUCUGCAACUAUUAUUUUCUAAGGAUGCUUGCAAUGAUUGGUAGGGGACAUUGUGAUGCUGCCUAUGAUUUAGAUUCGGUUGAACCCCGAAUGCGCAGGUUGUACAAAAGAGCUAUAUCUACCAUUUUUGUAAAUAUAGCUACCGACACAUUCGAUGAUCUACACGAAGUCAAGGUUUAUCCUUCCUUCAUUCCAGACCUUUCUUCGGAAAGUCUACUGACUGUAUCUGGCAGAUACUGUGGAAAUUUUCCUGAGACUGUUAAGGCAAAAGGCCUAUUAGCCAAUUUGGAUAAUAUUGUCUUAGACUUGAAGGUACAUCAGGCAAAGGAUAUUCCUCUUGACAAGCUAUUUAUCAAGGAUCAGAUUGAACUACUCACAGCUGAAGCCUGGUUUUCAGAAAAUAAACAACUGGUGGAAAUGGUCGAAAAGAUGAGCACAAAGACAGGUGUAAUGAGCGAAUAUACUCAAAUGUUCAUAUUUCAGAGUACAAACAAAGUCGGUGAAACAAUUAAAGGGCAACAGUUGAAGAAGAAUGCUUAUGAGAAAAUGGAAGCACCCAGAAGUGACAAAAUGAUGCUGUUACCAUUUGGUGGGGUUGGCUUUGGAAACUUGGAAGCAACUUCUGAAAACACUCCUCAUGGAGCUGGAGAACGAAAGCCUGAGGCUGCGGAAAUAUUGGUCAAAGCAGCUUCUAAUUGUUGUGGCAAUUUGUGUAGUUACUGCUGUUGCCCCUGCUGCAUCCAAGUCUGCCUCAAAAUUAACAAUCAAUGCGCAAUCGUGUUGACACAACUCUGCACUGCUAUCGCCUGCUUCGGAUGUUUCGACUGUUGUUUAGAGAUGUGCUGUGACAAUCGGAGUGCCUCAUAGCUAAUAAUGCCCAUGACGACGUUAUGGCCCCAUGUUGAAGUUAUAUCUGCCUGCAAAUGGCACAAGCUGAGUAAGGUACACAAGCAUUCUAGAAUUCUAUACAUACAAGAGUCGGUUUUUGA